AUGAAAAGACAAAAUCAAAGCUCUGUGGUUGAAUUCAUCCUCUUGGGCUUCUCUGAUUUUCCUGAACUUCAAGACGAGAUCUUUGGGGUUUUCUUGGUUAUUUAUCUGGUGACCCUGAUGGAAAAUGCCAUCAUCAUAGCUGCCAUCUUGCUGGACCAGACCCUCCACAUCCCCAUGUACCUGUUCCUGCAGAACUUAUCUGUGGUAGAAGUGAGUUUCAGUGCAUCCAUCAUGCCUGAAAUGCUGGUGGUCCUGACUAUUGAGAAAACUACAAUUUCUUUUGCGGGCUUUUUUGCACAGAUGUAUUUCAUUCUUUUUGGUGUGAAUGAAUGUUUUCUCCUAGGCGCAAUGGCUUAUGACCGAUUUGCUGCCAUCUGCCAUCCUCUGACCUACCCCAUGAUUAUGAACAAGAGGGUGUUUUUGAAAUUAGUAAUGUUCUCAUGGGUCUCAGGGAUCAUGGUGGCUACUCUGCAGACCUCAUGGGUAUUCAGUUUUCCCUUUUGUGGACCCAAUGUAAUUAAUCAUAUAUCUUGUGAAACCCCAGCAGUGCUGGAACUGGUAUGUGCAGAUAUCUCCUUGUUUGAAAUCUAUGCUUUCACAGGCACCAUUUUGAUUAUAUUGCUUCCUUUCUUGUUGAUACUCUUGUCUUAUCUUAGAAUUUUCUUUGCCAUCCUGAAGAUGCCGUCAACAACUGGGAGGCAAAAGGCCUUUUCCACCUGUGCCUCACAUGUCACAUCUGUCACCCUCUUCUAUGGCACAGCCAGUAUGACUUAUUUACAGCCCAAAUCCAGCUACUCACCAGUAACCAAGAAACUGAUGUCUUUGGCUUACACAUUGCUCACACCCCUGCAGAAUCCCCUUAUCUACAGCCUGCGAAACCAUGAGAUGAAAAGGGCUUUGGUGAAAUUAUGGCGGAAAGCGGUGGUUUUACACACAGUUUGA